AUGGGUUACCUGAAACAAAUUGAUAUCGAAAACUUCAAGUCAUGGCGAGGGACGCAAGUUAUCGGUCCUUUCAUGCAAUUUAAUUGUAUAAUUGGCACGAACGGCUCUGGCAAGUCCAACGUGAUGGACGCCCUGAGCUUCGCCAUGGGGGAGCGGGCUGCCUCUCUUAGAGUGAAGCACCUCAGAGACCUUGUUCAUGGAGCCCAUGUAGGGAAGCCUGUGUCCGACACUGCCCGGGUCGCCAUGCGGUACUGCAAUGAUGGGGGCCAGGAGACCGUCUUCUGUCGGACUAUCACCGGUGACUCCUCGGAGUAUUGCAUCAAUGGCGUGCAUGUUACUCUCGCCAAGUAUGUGGAGGAGCUCGAGAAGAUUGGCAUUGUGACCAAAGCUCGAAACUGUCUAGUGUUCCAGGGGGCAGUGGAGUCCAUAGCUUUGAAGGACCCAAAGGAGAGGACCAAGAUGUUUGAGCUCAUCAGUCAGUCGAAAGAGUGCGCUGCAGAGUACGACAGAAAGAAAGAGGCCCUGCUUAAGGCCAAAGAGGACACACAGUUUCACUUCAGCAAGAAGAAAUCUGCCACUGUUGAGAGGAAGCAAGUGUCCCAGGAAAAAAUAGAGGCCCAGAGGUACCAGGCACUGGUGGAUGAGCUUCACCAUAACUGCCUCCAGCUGAGCCUGGCUGAGCUCUAUCAUAAUGAGAAGGGCAUCAACGCUCUCAGCAACAACCUGAGGGAGAAACAGCAGGCUGCAGCUGCAAAAAACAGUAAAUUGGUGAACUGGGAGCAGACGGUCAAAAGCCACAAGAAGGAACAUGGACGCCUCACUAGAGAGCAGCAGCACAUUGAGAAGGAGAUCUGUUCCCAGGAGCACAUCCUAUCCCAGACUCGGUCCCAGUACAUCAAAGCCAAGGUAAACACAUCCCACCACAGGAAGAAGGCUGAGGAGGUCCGUAAUGCCCUGAAGAAGAGUCAGAAGCUGUUUGCCAUUAAAAACCAGGAGCUGGCAGAGGGUCGGCAGGAGAUUGCUGAACUGGAGAGGACCUGGAGGAACUAUGAGAAGCAACAACAGCAACAGGCAGCCUCCCGUGGGAGGGACAUUGAACUGGAAGAGGAUCAGUUAGAGCAAUACAAAGAGCUGAAGGAGCUGGCCCGAAAGCAGGGGGCGGUCCUCAGUCAGCAGGCAGAGAAAUUGCACUGGGAAGUGAGAGCAGACUACGAAAAGUUAGCUUUCGACCAGCGCAGAAAGAAGGAAGUGGAGGUCGGCAUCAGGAACACCCAGAGUCAGCUGGAAGAUUUGACACGUAGAGCAGAGAAGCUGGAGGAGUACACCAAGACAUGCACGUCAUCCCUCGAGGAGUACCGACAGCAGGAGCAGAGUCUGAAUGCAGAGCUGCAACGGGGCCGCCAGCGCAGCGAGGAGGUGAACCAGGAGCUGAGUCAAGUGCUGGAGGAGCUGGGUAGCGCCCGCGUGGACAGCCAGGAGAGCAGACGCCAGCUGCAGCGCAAAGAGCUGCUAGAGAGGCUCCGCAGAUUCUACCCUGACACUGUGUAUGGUCGUCUCUCUGACUUGUGCAGUCCCAUCCAUAAGAAGUACCAGCUGGCUGUCACCAAGGUGUUUGGCCGCUACAUGAAUGCUAUUGUGGUGGCCACAGAAAAAGUGGCCCGCGACUGUAUUUGUUUCAUGAAGCAGGAGCGAGUCGAACCUGAAACCUUCCUACCUGUUGACUUCUUGGAUGUAAGUCCUCUGAAUGAGCGACUGCGGCAGGUGCCGGGUGCCAAGAUGGUGGUGGAUGUUGUCCAGGGUAAUACUGCCACAGGUGCCACCCAGCUGAGAAGAGUGGUUCAGUUUGUCUGUGGCAACACCUUGGUGUGUGAGACAAUCAAAGAAGCUCGGAGUGUGGCCUUUGACAGGCAGGAGCGCCUUAAGACCGUAUCGCUGGACGGGACACUGUUUGCAAGGUCAGGUGUGAUCUCUGGAGGCUCCAGUGACCUGUGGAACAAAGCCCGCUGCUGGGAUGAGAAGGACAUGACACGGCUGAGGGAACGCAAGGAACAACUGACAGCUGAGCUGCGCGAUCUGAUGAGGCUGAAGCGGAAGGAGUCAGACCUGAAACAGAUCGUUGCUCAGGCUCAGGGUGCACAGACCCGCCUCAAAUACUCAAAAACUGAGCUGGAAAACCUUCGGAAAACAACCAUCCUCAAAUGCCAAGCGGAGAUUUCUCGUAUGGAGAGUGAACUAGCAAACCUGGACUCUCAGAUCCAGAUGCAGCAGGAAAGUGUUAAGGACGCAGAGAUGAAGAAGAUCAGAGACCAGAUUGACCAGAUAGAGGACGUGGUGUUUUCUGACUUCUGUGCUGAGAUCGGUGUGGACAGCAUCCGCGAGUAUGAGCAGGAGCACCUGAAACUGCAGACAGAGCUUGACGAGAAACAGCUGGAGUUUGAGAGUCAGUCUGCUCGUCUGAAUGCUCAGCUUGAGUAUGAGCAAGAGCAACUGAAGCAGCAGAAGAAGAAGAUCCACAAAAUGGAGGAGACCAUCAACAAGGAGGAGAGAACCAUGGCAGAACAGACGAGGGAUGAGGAGAAGCUGCUGGUGGCAGUGGAGGAAGUUCAGAACAAACUGAUGGAGCUGAAGAACCAGCUGCUCUCUAAGAAGAGCCAAGUGACCGAUGCCAAAGCUGAGCUGGACCAGAAAAUUCACAGCCUUCAAGAGAUCAACAAAGAGUUGGUGAAGCUUCAGCGGGAGGUGAUGACUGCAGAGACAGCUUUGGAGCAGAAACGCCUGGCCAAACACAACUUACUGCUGGCCUGUAAGAUCCAGAGUCUGCCCAUCACUCUGCUGUCAGGGAGCCUGAAUGAAAUCAGUGAAGUGCAGCUGGACACAGAAUCGGAAAGCACUUCAGCCACCAUGGACAUCUACGAGAGAGAGGCACAGCUAGUCAUUGAUUACUCUGAACUGGAGGCAGAGUUCAGGAGUCUGCAGGGAGAGGAGGAGGUGGAGGCUUACCUAGAGAAGCUGAAGGAGUCUGUGUCAUCCACUGAGGAAGUGCUGCAUCGCACCACUGUCCCCAAUCUGAAAGCUCUGGAAAAGAUGAGGGAGGUGAAGGACAAGUUACAGGGAGUGACAGAAGCCUUUGAUGCCAGCACCAAAUUAGCCAGGAAGUGCAGUCAGGAGUUUGAGCAAGUCAAAGCCCGGCGCUUUCACCUCUUCAGCCAGUGCUUUGAGCAUGUGUCUGUCGUCAUUGACCAGAUCUAUAAAAGAAUUUGCAGAAAUAGCAGCGCUCAGGCCAUUCUGAGUGCAGACAAUACAGAUGAGCCAUACCUCGGAGGAAUUAACUAUAACUGUGUGGCGCCGGGGAAACGCUACAUGUCAAUGGACAAUCUGUCUGGUGGAGAAAAGGCCAUUGCUGCUCUGGCCCUGGUAUUUGCCAUCCACAGCUUCCGACCUGCUCCUUUCUUCGUCCUGGAUGAAGUGGACGCAGCCUUGGACAACACCAACAUCAGCAAGGUGACCAGUUUCAUCAGGGAGGAGUCCAGAGAGAACAUGCAGAUCAUUGUCAUCUCCCUGAAAGAGGAGUUUUUCUCCAAGGCAGACGCUUUGCUGGGAGUCUACUCAGAUUUUGAUGAGCACAUGUUCAGCGGCAUCCUAACCCUGGACCUGCGACUCUACCCUCUGGCUGAAGAAGACGGGGAAGAUGGGAAACAGACUCACACGGAGAAUAGAGUGGACAAAAGACAGGAUUCUUGUAGCUAGUGGUCACUUGUGUGAAGCAACUGUUGUGUUUCUCUUGCCUUUAUUUUCAUUGGCCGCAUCAGUUCUAAGUGUUUGUAGCUUUUGACUAGAUAUAAAGGCAAAGUAGCUAAAGUAGUAUUUCAUUGAAUCAGUUUACUGGGGUAACAGUUUAAAUCAGUUUAAAUUGAGCAUUUGUUGUUUAUCCUCUAGGAUGUUCCAUGUCAUUCCAAUGUGAUAAAUUUCAAGGUAUUGAGCAUUUGAUUGGAUUUCUGAGCUGCCUUAUCAGCAGGUUGUAUGUUAACAUUAACCCACAUGUACACGCAAAUUUGGUCAAUAACAAGACUGAGAGGUGACAAGGGAAGAAUAAACGAGCAAUGAUGGAACUUAAAUACAGUGGUGCUUAAAUGUUAAUGGUUGUUGUUUAUCCUCUAGGAUGUUCCAUGUCAUUCCAAUGUGAUAAAUGUUAGUAUAUAUUACUAUCUUGUUUCAGUAAUGUUUCUUAAAUUGUUUUGUAUUUGAGUUAUGCUUUUCAGCUUGACUUGUGUCCUAUUCAUUAAAUCUA